UAGGACUAUCCGAUGAGUCUACUUUGUGGAUAAAAUUAAGGACAAGGCUUAUCUUUCAUUCUUCUCCCAGAAAGGCUGGCUUCUGCAAAACUAUGGGGUCUUCUAUCAAUCUUCCAACCCUCCAAGGUCCUCUGCUUAGAUCCCACUUUCUUGGCCAAAACCUUAUCUCCCAGCGUCCUCACAAACCAUUUCUAGCCACUCCAAAACAGCGAUCGAGUUUUGACCUAAAACCUUGCGCUAAAUUUGACCUACUUGAGAUCUUGGGAGGCAGGGGACUCUGCGGUGGAGAGAAAGGUAUAGAACUAGAGCUGAAGAGGAAUACCUCAGAACAAGCAUCACAACUUGGUGGUAAAAAAGAAGAAUAUUCAGCUGGUACUGCGGGAGAAGCGGUUGCUACUGUUCCGGAAAAUGCGUUUGAGAAGGAGUUGAUGGGACUAACGGGAGGAUUUCCAGGUGGAGAAAAGGGUUUGAAGCAAUUUAUUGAGAAAAACCCACCUCCCAAAAAGCCAGUGGCUGCAGAUUCAAGUAAUAUAGUAGUGCUAAAUACCACAAAGAAGCCAAAGCCUCCUGAAUUGCCGCUACUAAUGCCUGGCAUGUUUGCCAUUGUAAAGAAUCCAAAUCACCCAUUCUACAUGUACUGUGGCAUUGUUCAGAGAAUAACUGAUGGUAAGGCAGGGGUUCUUUUUGAGGGUGGAAAUUGGGAUCGGUUGAUAACUUUCAGGCUUGAUGAGCUCGAACGCAGAGAAAAGGGCCCUCCAGGAAAGAAUCCAAAGUCUGCUAUCCUUGAAGUAAUGCUCGAAAACAAAGAUUCACAAUGAAAUAGACAUUUCCUAUCGAAUGUGUAAGUUCAGAUAUUUUUUGUAUGCACUCUGACAAUGGUAAACAUUCAUCCAACAUCAAGAACCAAUAAAUAAGAUAUAUCUGGGCCGGAAAAAUCUUAGUUCUUAA